AUGACGAACCCAUACGAAACGGGCCCAGAGAAAGUUGCUUCAACGUUCUGGUAUGCAGAUGUGCCGAAUUAUGAUAUUUGGCCUCAAUUGUGGGCCUCUGCACGAAAGACAAUCAAAUUUACUCACCUUGCCAAUAAAGGCGACCAACAUGUCUUUGCUCUUGGUACCGUGAUCGUGAAGCCCAGCCACAUUCACGCACGCAAGGGUGAAUCUAUUACGAUAGGCUACUUUUAUGCCGAUGCAAAUGAGAUCCAGGAAACUGAUCUGACUAAGGCCGAUUUGAAGAAUGUCAAAUUUCCAGAUAGCUCAACGGCUCACAUCUUGUUAGAUCAAUGGUCGCCAAGUUCUAGUCUAAGAAAAGCUUCCAGGCGUUGGACUACCAAUCGCAUCACCACAUCUAUUAUCCACCAGAGAAAUUUCUUCAAACAACAAGCCAGGAAAAUUCUUUUGCCCAUUAAGGAACUGGAGGUUCGCUCUCACGUGGUGCCAGAUCCCAACAUACUCAAUAACAGUCGAAUCAAUCCAUUAGAAGCGGACAUUGUUAUCUCAAGCACCACCAUUGAUCCAGGUAUGAGCUUCAUACAAAACGAUCUUACCGAGUCUAACUGUAUUAUGGAUAAUGGCAUAAUUGUUGGGCUUAAUGGGAAAAUGGCAGACAGCUGGAGAGAUCCACCGUCAGAUCAAGAGCCCACAUCGGGAGCAUUCCGUGAAUGCCGAUUUGACGGAGGGCCAAAAGGACCUCUAUGA